AUGGAACCCUUCNAAACAGAUGAAUUAUGGAAUUCAUCAUUUAAGGACCCAAACCAUCUAAAGAUUCUUGAAACAAAGUGGAACCCUUCAUUGUCCAAGAUUAAGAAUGUUAUAAUCAAGAAAGUUUCUGAUGAAGAUUUGGAGACUGCCACAACAUUGCUGAGAUCUUCAUACAACUUCUAUAGGGACACCUCUAGUGCUAUGCCCCCGUCAGGUGUAAACCUUUAUAUGGCACCAUCUCAGUUAGCAACAGAAACAUAUAUUCAACUGGGCAUAGAUGGGGUUGAAAUUCUUGAUAUGAAUACCUCCCGAAAGCUUCUUUUGUGGGCCUACACACUGUUGACUGGUCAUUGCCCUAAUAUCUCAGUUGUUAUAAAGUAUUGUGAAGAAAAUGCCAAGAGCAAAGAUGAGAAAUUCAGAGAAAAUGAAAAUUGUGGGGGAAAAGAUGGGGUGGACAAGUGUAGUGAACUGAGGGUAGGAGAUGCUUCUCUGCCUGAAAUGGAGUGCACACGUAGUGUGGGAUCUAACACUUUGCCUGAAUCUGAGAACAAAUGCAAUGUGACAUCAGAUUCUUUGCCUGAAACCAAGGGAGCAGGGAAUGUGGCAUCUUCUUCUAUGCUUGAAACCGAAAGUUCAUGUAAUGUGGCAUCUAUUUCCCAACCUGAAACUGAUAGUGCAUCAAAUGUGUCAUCUUCUUCUUUGCCUGACAGCAAGAGCAUGCAUAGACUAAAUGCAACUCCUUCCAAUAAGAGUCAAAAUAUUUUAUCAACUACUCCAUGUCUGCUUCAGUGCAAUAGUAAUGUUUCAGAAAUGAGUAAUGUGGAAAUUGAGCCAGAUGGAGCAGAUCCCAACAAAGGUUAA